GCCAAGGGAACCGACCAAGCAGCAGUGUUCCUUGUAACAAGCAGUAAACAGCACCAUCACCGUCAUUUUAUAGAGAUUAUGCGAGCAUAUGGACACGUGCGUGACUGUCUCUGGGAUCAAAUUGUAGCCCAUCCCCUCUGAAUCGACCAGUGGUUCCAUCCACCUGAAGAUGUCUGAGACAAUUCUCAUUACCAGCGGUAGAAGCGCAGCACUUGGAAAGGGUGAAUCAAUCAGAGAGGGAGAGAGAAAAAGAGAGAAAGGGAGAGAGAGAGAGAAGAAACAGUGAGGGAGACGGAGGAGAGAGAGAGAGAGAGGAGAGCGAGAGGAGGGAGAGAAGACAGCGUCGGCGGCUCUGCAGUGGAAUACGCUGUUAUUUGAGGGAAGGUGAGAGCUCUCGGAGUACCGACACGCGCGCUUUGAGCGAAGAUGUGUUUCAGGACUUGAUGGUAGCAAAAUAAAAUAAAGGUAAGUGUCUCGAUGACAUUCAUAGUCCGGGUGCAGUUUCGUGACAUUCUGGUGUUUGUCUGGUGUGUCCGCUUGUGUGUGUGUGCGCGCGUGAGAGAGUCUGGCGGACAGUUAAGUGCAUUUCACGCGCUACAAACUACUAAUAUGUUGGAAAUCCGCGUGUAUCAUGACCGGAUGUGAUUUGGGAACUGUCCUCGUUUGGAAUCCGAGAGAGGCCUCUAAAGGUGGCUGAUAUCCAGGAAUUACGCGUGACAACAAGACAGACGUGUGUCACGGGGAAUCGAUUCAAUUCUAUUGAUUUGCAUGAUUGGAUUUGGUCCGUAUGCGCAGUUCAAACUUUGCACCAGCUUCUUGGGAUGUGUUUCUUGUUUCUAUUUGUGUUCUGUGUGCUUUUUCAGCACAAGUUAAUCUAACCUUGGCGAUAAGAGGAGCAUCCACUGUAGCACAAGCUGUUGACAGGGCUUAAUAUAUGAUCCGUUUAACGCGCAGCUUUCACUCAAAUAUACUCAAUUAAACCCCCCCCUAAUCGGACCAGUUUACAAUGUUAAUGUGUGUGUGUUGGGCUUCAGCUACCCUCGCUGGCCCCUGUUGAUGACCCCAGAUUUGGAGGAAAAUGCGCAGGCACCUUGCGGCUUACGCGCGGUGGGUUAAGCUCUGAGUCAGAGCCUGGGGCCCCUCCGGCUGAGAACAAGGAGCAGAUAGAUUAGGACUGAUGAAUGAAGAUCUACUGCCUCUAUCUGCAACACAAUGAUAUGGUUAUGAGGGGAUUUAAAUGCUAAUGUGCAGUGUUUGAGAGAAAUCCGAACCGACUGGGACUAGCGGGAGGAGAUUGCUGGCAAUGUGUGUGCUGUGGACCAGCUGGAUGAUCUCCUGAGUUUUAUGACAGACAGAAUAGGUUAUUAAUGGGGUGUAGGAAGGUGAACUGGGGCACUGGGGCAGGAUUAGACAAGAAAAAGGUUGGAAGGAUCUGCAUGUGUCUGUAGUUAUGUGUGGGAAGGGGGUGUUGAUGCACCGAGAAGCCCCUCCGACAGUGUACAUUUUAGCAGAUUUGCAUGCCUGGAAGGAAGAAAAUGAAGCCGAAUUUCAGGGAGGUUCAGAAGAAGUGUGUGUGUGUUUUUAACUGGAAGAUGGCUUGUGUCAGUAUGGAUUUCCUCCCAUCCUCUCAUACUGCUAAAGCAGAACUGUUUGCUGCUUGCAUUUUACACCCCGCAAUUCAAAGCUCUUUACAGUACCUAUAAAUUUCUACACCAUUGUAGCUAAAACAGUCGAGCAAAUGACCACGACAUAUACCAUUUAUGGGCCCUCAUUCCACUGCACAUCCUUUCUAUUGGAUCCAAAAUAAGCCUAGAGACGUAAAACUUUAAGAGGAUGGUAAGUUUUUAUGUUGCUCGUAAAAGCAUGUAUUUCAUCCAAUCAUAUUGGUUUAUGGUCAAUAGUGAGGUAGCGAGGCUUCUUUCUUAGCUGAUCGUGAACUUUAUUUACAACAUCACCAGUAACUGCAAGGUUCGGGCUUCAUGAAAAGCUUGUCACAUGAUAUCGUAUUUAAAGCCAAGGUGCUCCAGCUCGGGGCAGCGCUUCAAAAUAUCAAGACAUCUCACUGCCGCAAAAGCCAGGCCGGAAUGUCACCGGAAUUUGUUCAUCUUGAACUUUGCUGCUACCCUCCUCCCACCAACCCCACAAACCGAAGCAUUACCUCACUUACUAAAAGACAGCCCCAUUGUGACCACUCAAACAAGACAGCAGUCUAUUUAGUUUCUGUGAUGUGGUUUUUAUGGAUGGAGGGACGUGAUUUCUUGUGAUCCUCAUUAUUGGGAUUUUAAUUUUAAAUAAAAUCAAGAAGACCCUGUACUGAAUGAGUAAAGACCUUGAAAUAGGGGGAAUCUAAUGCACAACUUACAGUAGGUCAGAUGAAGUCCUGAAGGUGCAAAGUCAUGACACCUCUUGACCUAAUAUGCAUGUUAUUAAAAUUGAACAAUGUCACGAUUCACAAGGAAAGGUUAACACAGAUUAGUUAAAUGGGAUGCAGGUGGAAUGUUUUAUUCAUCUGAUUUCCUCUUCAUGGACUCUGUUCAUGUAACGGGAACAUUCAGACACUGGUAGCUCCAAGGUCUAAAUUGUCGGCAACCAAAGGAAGCACAUUUGGCAGAUUUUCUUUUUAAUUCUAAAAUGUGCGAAAGGUGGAAAAAUAAAUAAAAUAAAAUAUAGCAGUCAACACUUUCCUGAAGGAUUUUCUGAACCUCUUCUACAGUCUGACCACUUAAAAAAAGAAAUAGCAUGUGGGUCAUCUUGCAAAUUUCAACUGUCACCUGAUAAAUUUAACACACAGACACACACAUCCCACUGACUCCUUCCUGUGUCACAAAUUAAGCACCGGCUGAGCAAUUUCAGUCAUUUGAGGAAUCAGGCCAAGCUGCUCUUUAAUUUCCUAGGCACACCACUUAUGCAUGGCCGAUGAGCUUGAUGAAAACAAGCAAGCAGGUUAACAGGGACAUGGUAAAUUACACCUGCACACCUGGCCUAGAGGGAAGGUGUGACUUUGAGAUAAUGCUCAGCCCCCCACUGCUCUAACGUUGUCGGAAUAGUGGAGCCAUUGCGGAUUAUUUCCAGAGGAGAUAUAUAAAAGUCGAAGUAAAUCCUCCAAAAACAAACACCCUAGGUGGCAAAGGGCAUGAGAGGAGUCCAGCAUAUAAAUGAUUGCCCCCUAAAAUAUUGUCCCAAUGAUUUGUGCAUCUCCCAAAUGAAGCCAGGGUGCUUUUAAUCUGGUUAAAGUGUAGUUUGCCUUUCUUUGUCCCCUUACUGUAAAAGGACAAUGGACUGCAUUAAUUCGCUGCUACAUUAGAAUGCAAAGGGAGUAACUGUUGCCCUAAAUAUGGUGUCUGCCUGAGUUUGUGCAUACCUUUGUGUUUAUGCACACGCACUCAUUUCUGUGACAAAGAGCCAGAGCCAGAUAGAGAUUAUAGAUGACACUUAAACUGUUCUAAUCAGGGCAAGCUGGCCGCUGAUCUCUUCAUAGAGCGGCGGUGUCACUGAUUGAUGGCUGCAAGACUUGCUGAUGUACACGGGUUGAAGGGUGAAGGGAGAGUCACUGAUCAGCCAAGAGAGGCAGAGAAUUGUGGGAGGAACCUCCGGCGUUCAGCUCAAAAUGCAGUACGACGAGGGACCCAUCUGAGACGCUGGGAUCGUAUCGCACACAGUCGCCACGUGCUCACGCCACGCCAGAACCUGGAUAUCCGAGAUUCUGUUUUUGUGCAUGAUGUGGCACAAUUUGAAUCCCCGCAACCAGGGGGCAGGGAGUGCAUGAGCACUGACCCGUGCAGAGCAGAAAUGCUAAGCUCCCUAUGAUGGCGCGGUGGGUAUAAUUAGCCAUGAUUGGUUUGAUUGAGUCUUCUGUCCAGGCCUGGGUGUUGGCCCUUUGGGGAACAUGAUGAUUGUCCAGACAUUAAUUAUUGAAUAAUAGUUGGAAGAUUGGCAAUGGUUAAUGACACAAAAUGAAAGCUAUAAUCCAUUGAAUUGACAUAAUUAGAAAUGGUGAGAUUUCCCCUGAGGAGUAUAUUCUCAUCAUGACCUAAAGUGAAGAGCGACGCCUGAAAAAAUGAACUAAGGCGAUUCCUUCCCCCUCCUACCUCAUGAGUUCAUGAAGGCACAUUGGGAGAGCUGCCUGGAGGUGCUCGAAAAUCCGAUCAUCUCCUAGUAAAGAUGGCUGAAAGCGGCUGUUUCUUCCUCGUGUCACCGUGAGUGGCAGUCAGGAUGCAGUUUCGGUUUGUGCUGUCUGAAAUGAGCUCACCAGAGAAAGCGGUCAGCUCUGAGUGUCUGAUAUUGAGUUUGGCAAAUAGAAGAGAUAUUAUCUUCUCCUGGUUAGAUUAAGUAUUAGUAAAUGUGAUUGGGUAAUGAAGGCGGUCAAGCCUCAAUGACCACCCUGCUUUACAGCUACUGCCGGCUUGGCUGCAUCUAUGAACAGAGUCUUGAGGGAGUUUGUUUCGGGUCAGUGGUGGCAUAAGAGUUCAAUACAGCAUUGCAGAGUCGGGCUGAGGCCUUUCCUCCUCUGUCUGCCUCACUGGCUGGCUGUGCCGGCCGGAGGCACAACAGUUGUGCCAUACUGAUGCUGAUGACAGUAUAAAUAUUGAUGAUGGAGAUGGCAAGAAACAGAAGCAUGAAAUUAUAAUCCUGAUGACCAAAGUGUGAUGCUAAAUGUUUUCUCUCUCUCUCGCUCUUUUUUUUCUUCCUCCCGCUGUUGUUUUUACAUGUGAUUCAAGCCUGACACAGACAGGUUUGGUUUCCACGGCUCUCUGAGAGAUCACAAUGAGAUGCCUGGAGAGAAGCGUGGGCAUGCUGUCGCACAAGAUGACACGUAAUCCAAACGUCCUUUUUGUAGCUGGUUGGAGGUUGUCGUAUUUUCAGGGGCAGCAAUGGGGGCUGUGCUGAUGUCACUGUGAGAUGGCGGCUCCUGAGGUGGGGGUGGGCGAUAAGACAUGCUAGCAGCCGUCCCUGGAGGCCGUUAAGGGCCCCAGAGGAGGCAGUUAGCAAAGCUACGCGCCAUCGCUGUGAUAAAUCGCAGAUUCUGCUGUAUGGUUAGGACGAUUACUCUCGGUGCCAUCACAUGAACCUGUGCACGUCUUCACUGUUUGUUUUCCAAGUCCCCGGACUCCCCACGAUAUAUGUAGAGUGUUGACUCAGUUGUACUGGUUUAUUUAUAUAUUGUGCCCCUCUUGCAUAUUUCUCUUGUGGUAGCUUUCAGAUUGGGUGGUGCAGUGGCGAGGUGUUCAGGCUCAAAUUUCUCUAUCAAACUCAAAACAGUUGAUAUGGUAAGGUACUACCCAUACUAAAGCCUCAGUGAGGCUUAGUUUAACUUUUCUGUUAGAAUAGAGACUUAAAGAGUUAGAACAUCCCAGACCAAUCUAUCUAGAUUGCUUUGGUGUGAGCUGCUAUGUACUUUUGGAGAUAUUAUGUCUGCCCUCUCAUGAAUACCAAAAAACUAGACCUUACUUGCCUUGUGGUGCUCAAAGUGCAAAAGUGGGGUGGUUGAGAAAUGUGAAGAAUCUUAGUUUUCCCGAUGAGGCACAGAAACGACUUGUUGAACUUGAUGUAGUUAUCUUUAAAGUGACCAAAGACCAAAAUAACCAAGAGUUCUAUCUAAAGAAAUAUACCGAAGGCGACCUAACUGAUAGGAAUAAACCAAAAUACAUAAACUUACCUGCCCAGCAUGGGGAAAACAUGUCAAAAGAAACAGCAUCCCACCACUACAAACUCCUUCAGUCUAUCAAGCAAACCGCAUAGCAACAGGUGGAAACACGUGUGGCAGGUUGGAAUAGGAGGAAGAUGAAUAAAUCUCUGCCCAUGAUGGCACCAGACUGUCCUCAGCCUGGAGCCAAUCAUCUGCAAGCCGAAAGAUGGCACAUCAAUCAUGUCCAAGUACCUGCACAUUUCAGUUAUCAUAUAUCGACACACUAAACCACCCGAACCAAACAUCCCACAAGGAGAAGGAAAAACAGAUCUGUUACACUCAUGACAAAAUACCAUUGAAGUCGUAAAAUUCUCUUUCCAGAAGUCAUGAUACAUUUAUCAAAAAAAUACUAAUUUUUUAAAAAAUCCACAAACCUUGCUGUGAUCAGUUUCACCUUAGGAACUAUUUUCUUUCUACUGUCUACAUCGGCCAAUCCAGAAAACAUCCAGUUAGCUAAUAUUCACCUGUCUUUGCAGGUAGAUAAAGACCAAAAAUUAGACUGUGCCAAAUACUAAAUCAUUUGGAUAUCCAUUUGUUGAGUAUUUAAUUCUGAAUUUUCAGAUUUGGUUAUUUUUUAUAAAAUGUUGACUGUAUACUCAGCUUGUGUGACUGACCUCCCUCACACUCCCAGUAGUGAGCAUCACACUUCAGAUGACCUCACUGCUGCUAACUUAGCGACUUUGCUGGGAGAUUAAGCGACUUUUCACACCCCUGUAGAGGAUUUCUUUUAAAGGCAUUGCAAAAAAAAAAAAAAAAAAACUCUGGUCAGCAUCACGACGACUUCUCCUGGCACAGGAACAGAGGUCUCCCUCUCUCUGCUGUGUUCACUGGAUGAGUAGAGCUUCUAAGAGUGACAGAGCAGUGGUGCAUAGUGCGAGAGAAAAAAAAAGUAAAAAAAUAGUUACUAAAUGAAACUGCUCACAUCAAAGUUUGUGGGCUUUUAGAGUACCCGGGUCAUGAAUUCUGGCAUUGCUGUUGAGUUUGGAUUUUUGAGUACCACAAGGCGAGUGCCGUUUAGUUCUAAUACAUCCAAGAGAAGGCAGGCAUCUGAACAGCUGAUAGCUUUAAAAGCAGGGCACUCAUACUAGAUUAAUUUAGAUGGAUGAACAACACUACAGUCUAGAGGACGGGCAUGUAUCUUUGAUUUUGGAGUGAACUGUUCCUUUAAUGGUUGUAUUUUUCCUCUCAGCUGUGGGUUUACAGUGACCUGACCGAUCAAACAAAUCCGAAGAUAAAAUAGUUGUUGUUUUUUUUUUCAGUUAUCACGCAGUUAUUUCUCCUCUUAGAGGCGUAGUCAUUUAGAGUUUUUGUUUGGCCAAAAUCAGAUUCGAUCCAGGGACUGUUCCACGGUUCCACACUGCAGGGUUUAGCGAACUCACACCCCGCUUUGGGAGCUGCAGAGCAGGGCCGCGGACGCCCCGAGCCCCCGCCGAUGUGACGGAGAGACGCAAGAUGGUGAGUGGUUACUAUGGCAGGUUACUAUGGCAACCUCAGGUCUCUGUGAGAGCUUCCAUUUCGCACAGCGUGGGAGAGAGUAAGAGAGAGGGAGAGAGGGGGAAUGAGACAGAGAGGGAGAGAGAUGGGCUGGAGAGAAGAACCUGCAGAGGAAGAAGGGUGGAGAAAUCAGCAGAGGAGUAACUCCUGGGUUCUUCUCACUUCACAAAAAGCCUCACUCGAAUCCCCCGACAGCACCAGAAAAAAAGGGAAUAACAUCUGUUUAUCUGCAUAUUUCUAUGUUCAAAAAACAAGAGGGAAAAACACAGAGCUCGACAGAGGACACGAAACAUCUCAGAGCAUGCGGAAUUAGAAAGAACAAAUUGCCACUGGAGGACCAAAGGGAAAGGAAACCUUUUCUAACAGAUCCACCAGUGUGGAGUCACCUCACCUGUACCUUCGGAUUAAAGAGCAGGGUCAUGUCCCAGUUGCCAUGCGCAUCGCCACGCUGACCUGCCUUCCCGGCCCCUCCCCCUUCCUCUUUCUAUUGGCCCAGCUGCUGCUGCGGCUCCUCCUCCCUGGGCCGGAGUUAGUGGGAGCCGCCUCCACCUGCCCCUCCCUCUGCACCUGCUCCAACCAGGCCAGCCGAGUCAUCUGCACCAGGCAAAACCUGGAGGAGGUGCCAGAAAGCAUAUCAGUCAACACGCGAUACCUCAACCUGCAGGAGAACUCAAUACAGGUUAUCAAGUCGGACACAUUCAAGCACUUGAGGCACCUUGAAAUCCUCCAGCUGUCCAAGAAUCAGAUACGUCAGAUUGAAGUUGGAGCAUUCAAUGGCCUGCCCAACCUCAACACGCUGGAGCUUUUUGACAACCGCCUCACACUGGUGCCAUCACAUGCCUUUGAGUACCUCAGCAAGCUGCGGGAGCUGUGGCUGCGCAACAACCCCAUCGAGACUCUGCCAGGCUAUGCCUUCCACCGUGUGCCCUCGCUACGUCGCCUGGACCUGGGUGAGCUCAAGAAGUUGGAUUUCAUCUCAGACGCAGCUUUUGUUGGCCUCAUCAAUCUGCGGUACCUAAACUUGGGCAUGUGUGGGCUGAAAGACAUUCCCAAACUAACAGCUCUUGUGCGCUUGGAAGAGCUGGAGCUGUCAGGAAAUAGGCUGGAGAUCAUCCGUCCCGGCUCCUUCCAAGGCUUGGUCUCUCUUCGCAAGCUGUGGCUAAUGCACUCACAGGUUUCCGUCAUUGAGCGCAAUGCCUUUGAUGACCUGAAAAACCUGGAAGAGCUCAACUUAUCCCAUAAUUCCCUCCACUCCUUGCCCCACGAUCUCUUCACACCCCUUCACCAGCUAGAGAGGGUACACCUUAACCACAACCCCUGGGUGUGCAACUGCGAUGUGCUUUGGCUUAGUUGGUGGUUAAAAGAGACGGUGCCGAGCAACACCACCUGCUGCGCUCGUUGCCAUGCUCCACCAUUCUUAAAAGGCAAAUACAUUGGAGAGCUUGACCAAAGCCACUUCACCUGCUAUGCGCCCGUCAUUGUGGAGCCACCUACAGACCUCAAUGUCACCGAGGGUAUGGCUGCCGAGCUGAAGUGUCGAACGAGCACAUCCACAACAUCCGUCAACUGGAUCACCCCUAAUGGCACUCUCAUGACCCACGGCUCCUACCGCGUGCGGAUAUCGGUCCUGCACGAUGGCACGCUCAACUUCACCAAUGUAACCCUGCGAGACACGGGCCAGUACACCUGCAUGGUGACUAACGCUGCUGGAAAUACCACUGCAACCGCUGUCCUCAACGUUACUGCUGCUGAUGUUAGUGUCAAUUACACCUAUUUUACAACAGUUACUGUGGAAACUGUGGAUACUGUAGGAGGUAAUGAUUAUGCGUUGGUUGCCAUCAAUGAGACCUUCAUCCGUGUUCCACCUGGCCCCACUCCCUCUGAUUUGUGGCCAGACGGUGUUGCUACCACAGACUCCUCUCUGCCUAUCAGCUGGUCCUCCUCCUCUCCCCGCGCCACUCGACCCACCUUCACUGAGCCCAUCACAGACGCUACCUUAAUGGAUGAUGUGAUGAAGACCACCAAGAUCAUCAUUGGCUGCUUCGUAGCCAUAACCUUCAUGGCAGCCGUGAUGCUGGUGGUGUUCUACAAGCUUAGGAAGCAGCACCAGCUGCACAAACAUCACGGCCCUGCACGUGCCAUCGAGAUCAUCAAUGUGGAGGAUGAGCUCGGCGCUGGGGCCAGUGGUCGGGGCAGCGGCAUCUCAGGCGGAGCCACCGUGACACAGAGCGGAAGCAGUGGAAUUGGAGGUACCCAGAGCCUCAGGCUGCACCACCCAGAGAUAGUCAACCUGCCCAACCUGGCUCGAUCGGAGCACCUCAACCACUACUACAAAACUCAUCACUUCAACAACAACAUGAUGGGCCUGGGCCUGGGCACAGGAUCUGUGGGCCUCAACAACAAUAACAACCCCUCACCAUGCUCUCAGUCACAGAACAUAUCCUGUUCCCAGAUUCCAACCUCCGCUGGUGGGGGAACACCGACAGGUGGCACUCUGCCCUCCCCAGUGCCCCUUCCUCAACUGGGUCUCCACAGUUCUCUGAAAGGCCUGAUGGGGAAAGGCCAGAACGAGCCACUACUUUUUAAGAGUGGCUCCAAGGAAAAUGUGCAAGAGACUCAAAUCUGAGUGAAAGUGAGGGUAGAAGUAUGAGGUAAGAGGAAAGGGAUGCUGGAUAGUGACAGUGAUAUAGAAAGUACACGAAUAUUUGAACUGACUGUAGCCUAUACCGUCCUCGUGGACGGGUUUCAGAAAAAAAAGAUGAAAUUUCUCGUAGUUGCUGCUUUGUAUUGUCAAUCUUGGCAGGUAGAAGCAGAUAGGAAGACUGAAGGAGACAGUACUGCAUCUGAUCAGUCCCACGAAUAGCAUCUGAACAUAAUUUUACACUAAGUCAGACACCAACACAUGGAACGAUCACCACAAAAAUCACAAUCAUGUGCGCAACCCGCUAUAGUCUUUGCCAAAGUCCAAGAUCAAGCCAACUCUUUUCACCCAGUGGACAGCUAUGAACAACAGCCUGUAUGUUUUUUACAGAUAGCUUCGUAUAUUUCCAGACACGCUCAGUGUAUAUAUUUAGAGGGAGACAUAAUAUUGGCUACUGAACAUGUUUUCAGAUUAGUGUUUGGCAGAGACUCCGAAUAACAAACAAUGAUUUGGGUGAGCAGUGCUGUCCCAGGUUUCCAGGAAGCACUAAAAUACAGAGCAGAGCAGCGAUACUGUUCAGAACACAGACUAGUACUUUGCAGGGAGAGAAAACAACAGCAAUUGUUUUUUCUGAGUGGUUUCACUUCUCUCUCACUUUCUCACUUUUUUCCCUUUCACACUUUACUGGCUACUGUCUUCUUUGAGGGAGGAAAGCAACAGAGUGGGCUAUCAUGGGAGAGGAGAAACCCCGUGGCAUGAAGGACAAAGAGCGAUGUAUUAAAAAAAAGGACUAAAGUACAUAUUAUAUAUACCGUAAAUAUAUUUUCAUUCAAAGAAGUAAAUUAUAAAGAAUCUUUAUCAAGCUUCUGACUAAAAACUACGACGUCUGAAGAAUAUAUUAAAAAGAAAAACACACACAGUUGUUUUAGUGCCCCCCACCCCACUGCCCUCCCCCCCCCCUUACUACUUCCCUCAACUUAGAACAAAAUGGCCACUCUGACUGUGCCGCAUAAGGACACGUGGGAGAGUGGGGGAAAAAAAAACAACAAAAAAAAGCAAAACAGACAAAAUGUUUGAGUGAAUUUAUUUUGGUCUUGACUUUUUUGUAGCCACAGAGCGUGUUUUCCCCUCUCCUGUCGCAUUCACAUAAACAGGGUCACCGGAGAAGGGACGUGUUUAUGCUCUACUGCGAAAAUACGAAAUACAACAACGGCUCUCCAUCGUUUGGUACAGCUACAGCCUAGCGGGAGUGUUAAUAAUAAUAAUCGGAACGGUAAUAAUGAUAACAAGGUUUAGCUUUAUUUGUCAUAAUGAACGUUUAAUGAUUAGCACAUGAAAUGACACAAAAUGUUGCACAUGCUGAUUUAGCAUGCUCGACAGACGUCUCCAGAUUUGAUUUCAGCCUAUCAUUUGAGAUUUAUCCAAGAGAUUAUGUUAUCAUUAUUAGCAUUCAUGCGACUAUUAUUAUUACUACUUGUGCCUACAAAUAACUGAAAAGUACUUUUUUUCAUUUGUAUAUGACGCUGAAGUUGUUUAUGACUGAUCCUGUUGGACUUCGGCUAAUGAACAGCGGCGGGACGGCGUGCCACUAUUCCACAUGCAUCAGCAGGAAAUAACUUGGCCCCCUCUAAAUGGCUUCCUCAGUCCAGUUCUCACCAACUCCUCCAACUGUCUCAAGCAGUCAGGAACCCUCAUGUUUGUCACACGUUAAAGACAGGACACGAACCUUUGACGAAGACUGCAUCUUUGCAGAGGAUUAUCUCGCAACUGUAUCUCAGUGUUAUCGUGUGUGAGUGGAUUUCAUGGCAGCAGGGAACUACUAAAUGGACGACAGGCAUUGGCAAGCAUUUCUAAAGGUAAGCGAUGCUCGUUCAGUGAAGAGGAAGGAAGUGACGUGCAGUACAGGAAACAGAGAUGGGGGGGAACUUUUUUUCUAAAGAAAAAGUACAAUUAAAUGAAAAAAAAAUAUAGAACCUUAUAGAUCUCUUUUAAAAAAAAAGGAAACAAAAGUAUUAUGAUAAGUGUUUUUCAUUUUGGGUUUUUAUCUAGUUUGAUUUUUUUUUUGUUUUAUUUUUAAAUCAAGUGUUAUCUUUAUUGUAAUAUUGUUAUUGUUAUUAUAAUUAGCUAAUUACACUGGUUAUAAUUAUGAGAGAUGUUCUGUUAGCAGAGGUCACUUUUAAAAUUAAAAAAAAAACUGGCACAUAAAAUGGCAGUGGAAGUCUGUGAAAUUUGGUGGCUAUAUAUUUUUUUUCUCCUUUAUGUUACAAUCAACUUUAAUUGUAGUAUCACUGUUUGUGUCCCUUUGGCUCUUCUUGAGAUGAGACAUAGCGAAUGUGAAAUGGUCAGCACUGGGUCCUUUUAUUUUCUGCACAGGGGGACAGGAAAGGCCCUGCUCCGGUUUACAAGCUCAAUCACACUCGCUCUGUACUUUUCGUGAAUGUCAUCACCAUCACAGUGCUCAGAGUGCGAUUGCGCUAUGUCAACACCUCGUUGCCAUGACUACACCCUCAGACUAAUGCGCCAAACGCCGUCAGCAUCGGCUCCUCGUAAGGCAGCGGGUCGCCCUCCCCCUCUCCUGUCCGUCUCGUUCCUUUUGAGGUGCCAUAUCUCGACGAGCCGGCCAGUGUUCCUUCAGUGGUAGCAAAUCAACCUGAGCAUUGUGCCCAUGUCCUCACAUAAAACUCCCUCCACCCUCCAACCCUCAGCAUCUUGCCAUCAGGUUUCCCUGGCAACUGUUGCUGCUGCGACAGCCCUUAUCACAGCGUCUUGAUUUGGGUUUCGAAUGCUAAACAGACGAGAGCAGAGGGUAUAGAACUCCUCUUCUUUUUUUCCAUGCCAAGUAAUUCACCCCGGUAAUGUUCCUCGUUAAUGUGUUUGAUUUGUUUACACCAGCAACUAUACUUCUCACGCCGCUGACUUUCUCUUAGUGAAUCAUACGAUUUACAUGCCACUCUCCCCUAUGUGUUUAAUUUGCAUAGGCCACCACACAUUUAUGCACCCAGCACUUGUGAUCAACACUCAUACCCUGCAUCUCUCAUUAACAUAUUCCUUCCCAAGCACAAGGGAUCCAUAUUCUGCUCACAAGUUAUUUACAUAUUCAUCUGCCUCUGUGUGUGCAAAUAACAGUGAAAUUAUCAUGUGGGCAUGCUGGUGGGUAAGAGUGUGGUGUGUGUGUGCGCGCGCCAGGUUUGUGGCUGAAAGCAAGGACUGUUACAAAAGCUAUUUCCCCCCUAAUUCUUCAAAUACUGCGUGCCCUGCCUAUCGCCUGUGGUAGCUCGCCACUUUGGAAAGCGCUGCGUAGCCCCUAUAGCUCCUGUGAAGUGGCACAAACCAGAGGCCAUGUUAUUGAGGCUCGGUGUUAGAGAGAGAGCAGCGGUUGAGCUGGAGACACACAGUCACAGUGCUGCAGUGUCUGAGUCACAGAGCACUGAACACACUCCCAACAAUCUAAUGGAAAUGCUGUGUUUACUGUGCAGGAAGGGACCCGCUCAUUCACCCAUUCGGGGAAUAGGUGAAAAUCACCAGAAUAUGUGCGCGUGUGAGUCCAAGCUUGAGUGCGUUUAGUGCAUGUGCAGCUCUGGAUUAUAAAAUGCCCGUUGUACUGUUGUGUAAGGCAAGGAAAUCAGGACAUUUGAAGCGGUACGCUGUUUAUGGCAAGAGAUGUUACACCAUUGUUGAUGCAGCGCUGCUCGGUGUGUGCGCUCCUGCACAGGUGCGUGCGUGCUCAGGUGGGCUUUUGCUAGCUCGGUUGUGUAAAGAGGGGAGGAGGGGCGGUCAGACCUCCAUUUUAAAUCCCCAGUUUAAACCAGCUCUGUCUGUCUCCCUCUGCUUCAGGCAACUUUUGUGAUCCUCUCACUGACACUUAAAGUAAAAAUACAUUUUUUUAUUUAUUUUUUGCGUAAGCAGCCCCCCCUUCUCUGUCUCUCUUUCUCUGCAUACUAGGAGUGAUGAAACGUCCUCUCGAUCGAGGCGACCUCCUCUUUCACCAAAUCCUCAUCGUCUUUUUAGCUCCCUGUCAAGUUUGGGGUCAAGGGUCAAGAUGAGCAGCAAUUUAUGUUUACCUCACACUUUUAGCCAGCUAAUGAAGGUUAGCGUUUUGGAUUGUGCCAUUUAUUUUUAUUGUUUUGCCCUGGCUCAGGGAAACGCCUGUUGGCGAAGCUUAAGUGAUUUUUAAUGUGCAUUUUCAGUGGCUGUUUUGUGGUUAAUCACCUUGACGGUGAUGUGACUAGUCAUAACAGUAAUGCUGCACAUGAAGUGAUUUUUGGGCAGCUCGCUUGCGGUGGGUGAGGUUUGCGUAGUUGCAGAUGGGAGGACACUGGUUCAACCUGCCGCUUGUUGCGACCAGCACUGUUUGAAAACAGGGCCUGUCCCCGAGGGCAGCCCCGCACACAUGUUAACCUCAGCACUACAAGCCCCGUGUGAGCACCACGCUGCCUCAUUUCUUUUUAUCACCCCCCCCUUUAAAAAUAGCAGAGAAGUGACAGCCGAACUCAAUGCAUUAUUGAUACACAGGGUGUCAAUGAUGCAUGUGCAGUCACCAGUGCUAAUUUUCUCCACAUUGCAGAGGCCAGAAGCAUCAAACGGGUUGUAAUUUAUAUGCAUCGUUAUAGCUAUUAUUUUUCACACGGUCAUCAAGACGGUCCACGGGAGCCAAAUGUUGCAGCUUGUCUCCUCACAUGAUGAGUGCUGCGAUUCUAAUAAGUGCAGCAGUGUUUUGUGUGCCACUGUGUCACCGAGCCAGCCCCCCCACACCGUUCCACUCCACCAUCCCAACAGCAGCAGCCCUGUCUCGCUAUGCUGGCUUUAUCGCCGUCACACUGGUCUAAGGCCGAUUUGAUGGCACCAGUUUUCAGAUGCCCGGGUCACUGUGUUCAGUCACAUUAUGAGAGAACUGAGGAACUUUUUUUGUCACUGCGAUGCUCUUUUUCCUGCCAGAGCUUGAGAUGAGAUGUGCAAAGACAUUUUUUCUGUGUCAUCACUGUGAAAACCCUGCUCUGCAGCCACUUUUCAAACCUGACCGUGCACUUGGGUACUUAUACAUUUAAGAACCACGUGCACACACACACACACCAGGGCACGCGUGCCCUCUUGACACUGACUGAAGGAGUGAUUUAUUGAUUGAGGUGCAGCUUUCUUAAACAAUUUGCAGCUGAGUGCAGCGAAGGUUAAUGCAAACCUCUGAACUGCUGCCAUCAUGCUUCAGUCCACACGUGUGUGUUUUACAUCCUGUGAAGGUGUCCGUAAUUUGAGAGCGACUGGGACAUUAGCGCAUGGCUUAUUUCCUUGUUGCCUUGGAAACAAUGGCACCGGGCGCAAGAUGUCCAUUUUGGCCGUCUUGUGAGCUUUGAGCUGUGUGGAGUCAGAGAGGGCUGUCAGAGUGUGUGGGCCAUGACGUGAGAGUGAUGAGUGGUGUUUCGUCCCGGAUGACUAUCUCCUCUGUGUCACUCAGCUGUGGGUCAGAGGGCCGCUGAGCUGCAGCUCAGAGGAAAACUGAGAAAAAUCCACAGAGUUGCUGUGAAUAGCAAAAUGGGACACGCUCACAGCCCAUGUAAUUGUAAAGUACCGAUUAAUGGGAAUCAUAAAGCUGGAGCACUGCUUAACACAGAGCUUCUCAUGAAUGCUUCAUAAAGGAGAAUAUCAGUGUUGUCGUGUGAAAACCUUCCAACUGCAGUUUUGAACAUCAGUGGAGUGAUUAUAUUUUAGUAUUUGUUCUUAGACGCUACAGGCCGUUUUGGAAGUGAAACCUUUUCAGAACUCCACAAAAGAGGCCCGUUCUUUCUUAGAUCCUGAAAAGCUGACAUUUGGGGCUGUGGAAGGUUUUCAUCUGACAGCGACCAUAUUGCACUUUCAAAUGCAGAUUUGUGUUUUGAGAACAAUCUGGGAUGUUGCGGCUCGUGUUGGGAUUUGGAAACUUCUGGAGAGACUUCAUGCCCUCGAGCGCUGUGGAAAACUCCCCUCCUGUUUUGUGAUGAGCGCCGACUCGGGGACUUGUGUUGUGGCCUGAACAAGCUCGUAACUAUUAAAGGAUGUGCUGACCUAGCAGCUGUGCUCCUCUCAGCGGACAUGCUUACAGUUAAGUUUCCAAACGCAUAUUCCCUGCUAUCCACAGCAGUCUAGCUUCCAGAUUUACUGUUUCUGGGAGCCUUGGCUCGGCAUCAUGUUCGCACUGGUGUGUGUGUGUGUGUGUGAUGUUUGUUUGAAGCUGGGCAGGGGCCACGGAGUACAUUUCAACGCUUUGAAGUGUAAAUUCAGGUCUGGUUGGAGCACCUUAUGGGGGGCAGGGAGAAGAAAGUGACAGCCAUAUGUAUGUAGGCUGGUGGUUUGAUAAUGGAGUUGUCUAACCGCUUAUCUGUCUACUGAGGCAACAGAGCCCCCAGAGGACAUGAGGUCAAACCCUCACUGGAUGUCAACUCAGUGUCAAGUCAGACGGUGUCUGGUCUCGGAGAGGUGAAACUAGAGUAGAAAUCAGCACUGACCCAGUUACGGCUUCCCCGGCUGAGCUUUGAAUCAGACCUGGUUCAUCCUCUCAAGUUUAGAAAAAGCUGAAGCGGUUGUAAACAGUCAUCAAUAUGAAAUAAACUUUUACUGGAGAUAUUGAUUUUUCUUUACCCUUUUUUGUCUCCACCCCCUCAUGUCAGCCAGUGAGGCAUGCUGCUUCUCUCAUUGGUGCUGAUUUAUUUAUCCGAUCUGGCCCUUAGUACCCUCAUUUCAUGUCUGCUCUCAUUUCUGCUCGCAGUCUAUGUGACACCAACCUUUCAAGUUAUAUUUUUAACCCUGAUGCUCGAGAACGGCUACGAGCGACGUUCGAUGGGCACCGCAGUGGCCUCGAUUGUGCUCAAGCUGCGGCGUUUUCUGUGCAUCCCGUCAUGCCAGUGCCACAUUCGCUAGAGCCUGCUUACCACGCAACAGCUUCUGUCGCCUCUGGCUUCCCCACCCUCUGAGCCCAAAGGAAACAGAGUGACGAGGGAGGACAGAGUAGACAGAAAUAGAGAAAGCGAAAGGAGAGAUAGACUGCAAAGGGACGAGGAUGACAGGAGGAAUGAAAGCUGACAAUGAGAGACAUCCUGUCACUCCAUAUCUGUACAGUUUUUUUUACUCUACAUGUGCGAGUGUGUUUGCAUGCGUGUGCACCAGUGUAAGGCUCCAGCUCAGUGUGCGCUUGUGUAAUAGCCGCAUGAGUGGCAUAAGUAUGCAUAUUUAUGCAUACGUCCGAGUGGGCUGCGUGCGUGCUUGUGUGCACUCGAGUGCGCACGGUAUCCGUGUUUGUGUAAUUGUGUGCGGCAGAGAUAAAGACAUGAAGGAGGAAGGGCCGCUGUGGUGCUUAUAUGUCACCCAGCGCCAGAGGGGAAAUGACUCCUUUCUGUCCCCGACCCAAGGGAGGCAGAGGAGGAGCAUGGCUGACUUCUCCUGCUUCUCUGCCUUUUCUCACCCUCUCCUUAAGAAAUGUAGCUAAAGCCUCAGUCACAGCCUCUCCCCCCUCUCUCUCCCUCUGAGUCACACACACACACACUCGUAUGCUUGCUUGCUCACAGGAGUACGUCUUACAUUAUCCCCCCUUUCUUCCCCUCAUGCUUCUCAUCCCCUUAACCCUUCUGUUCUCCUCCUCCGCUCUUCUCUAUCUACCUCAUAUUUGGUGUUUCACCCCACCCACCUUCUCCUACUGCCAUUUUCCACCCCCCCUGCAGCUAGAUGUUGUGAUUCUGCAUUAACCCCUUAAUCCUCCCAUACAUAAACAAGUACACGUGCAGUCGUGCUCCAGGUUAGCCCCCUGCACCACUCCGAUCCUCUCUCAGGAAAAUGGAAAACAAACCCAGAACAAACCAAGGCUUCUGAUAUUUCCUUCCCUCUGUUCAAUUAAACAUGGCCUCCAUCUGCUUCUUUGUUUCUCUUCAGCUUUUCUUCUGCAAUAUUGACUAUGGUUGUUCUUGUGAUUGUUUUUAAGACUGUGUUUUAACCUGUUAUAACCACAGAUGUGCAUAUUAACACUGAAGGAACAUGUCACAGGGGUGUGUGCGUGUGCGUGUGUGUGUGAGAGAGAGAUGGUGUGUGUGGAGAACGGUGGAUUUGUUCUGCUUCAAGGUUCCGUGCCAAAUCUUUUUCAGAACAUUCGAUCUCUGUUCAUGUGCCAUACUGAGAAAUUUAUGAAAUAAAAAUAACGUUUUUUCACAAA